GCACGUAGGAGUGGAUACGCGCAGUAGCACGUAAAGAGUCUCGUUCGCUAUAUCGCAAGUACGUGAGCCAAGACACACCGAUCUCAUUCGCGAAUUAUUGUGCGACAAAAAUCUGAAACAACAUUCGUCAUGGAAUAUUGGCAGAUACUGCUAUCUAUCUUGAUAGGUGUCCUUGGUAUCCAUUAUUUCUUCAGAAGAUUCAAUUAUUUCAAAAGGCAUGGCAUCCUCCAUGUUCCACCUGUCCUGAUAUUUGGCGACAUGAUGUCAAUUGCGCUUCGCCGAACAUCAUUCGCUGAUUAUCUGCAAAAACUAUACUGGUUCAAACCGGACGCGAAGUAUUAUGGUUUCUACCCCACGUCACGACCUGUCAUCAUGUUGCGCGACCCGGAGCUCGUCAAGGAGGUCUUCGUCAAGAACUUCGACUUGUUUCCCAAUCGGCGUGGCUUAGCCGAGUUCAACGACAUAUUGUUUAGCAAAAAUUUAUUCUCCCUUCGGGACCAAAAAUGGCGAGACGUGAGGAACUUGUUAAGUCCGUCUUUUACUUCCAGCAAGAUGAAAAUGAUGUAUACUUUGAUGUUCGAGUGUGCCGUGGACUUCAGCGAGUCUCUAUUGAAAGUAUCGGCAGAUAAAAACGACACGGAUAUGAAAGACGUAUUCAGCAAGUACACGAACGACGUCAUUGCCACGUGUGCCUUCGGAAUUAAGGUCGAUUCUAUGAAAGAUCCCACUAACCAGUUCUAUGUUUAUGGUAAAGAAACGACCAGCUUCAUCGGGGAUCGCGCAUUUAAGUUUCUUUUUGUCAGAGCAUUCCCAACGCUCGCGCAGUUUCUCCGCCUAAAGUUCUUAAGCGACGGUGCGACCAACUUCUUCAAAGACAUCGUAAAGACCACCAUCGCCACCCGCGACGCCAAGAACAUUACUCGUCCGGAUAUGAUCCAGUUGAUGAUGGACAUGAGGGGCAAACGUGAAGGCGACAAGGAACUUAGCAUAGACGACAUGAGCGCGCAGGCAUUCAUUUUCUUCCUCGGUGGCUUCGAAACCAGUUCGACUGCGAUGUCCUUCAUAGCCCAUGAACUCGCAGCUAAUCCAGACGUCCAAGCGAAGUUGCGGCAAGAGAUCGACGAAGCUCUGGAGGAUUCGAAGGAAAAGGUGACUUACGAAACUAUUAAUCACCUCAAAUACAUGGACAUGGUAAUAAGUGAAACCCUCCGAUUGUACCCGCCGGUGGUCUUUGUUGAAAGAGAAUGCGAGAGUUUUUAUGAAUUUCCGCCCGCAUUGCCGGGUGAAAAGUCUGUCACCAUAAAGAAAGGUCAGUUGAUCUGGGUCCCUAUCUACGCGAUUCAACGUGAUGAUAAGUACUACGAUGAGCCGGAAAAGUUCCGCCCGGAAAGAUUCUCGGACAAGAACACGUAUCACAACUCGCCGUGUUACACGCCAUUUGGAAUAGGACCGCGGAUGUGCAUAGCCAACAGGUUUGCAUUGCUGGAGAUCAAAGUCUUGCUGUUUCAUCUGUUAGCGCGAUGUGAGCUGAAACCUUGCGCGAAAACCAUGUUGCCGAUGAGAUUAAGCAAGAAAGGUUUAGCAUUGAUGCCGGAAGGUGGUUUUUGGCUGAAUGUUCAGCGUAGAAGCGAUAUGCAUCCUACUAUCGAGUCGACAAUUUCGUAACAACGAAACUUUGAAUCAUAAAAACAAUUUAAGUGCGCUGCUCAUUAUAUUGUAACAAGCGGUGCUUAUUUUAUAUUGUAACGAGAUUUCGCUUCCGAUAUGUGUUUCGUUUCACGAAUACGAAAAAAAUAUAUUUGAUCAUUAUUGUAUUCUGACUGAGAAGUGUUCCAUAAAAUUUUCAUGUAGCAGA